UCAGUUUUCUCUUCCAACUCAUGUUGUGUUUUUUUCAGACAGAAAAGGAAAACGUGGACGGUGUUCUCUCCCUUAUUUGCCCAUAUGUUUCCUUCAGUCCUGCUGAUAACUUGACAGUAGGUUUCCGUAGAUUAUAACAACAAAAAGAAGUUGAAGAAAUGACGGAACAGUCUUCGUUGUUACUACGUAAACAGUUAGCAGAGCUUAACAAGAACCCAGUGGAGGGUUUUUCUGCUGGCCUUAUAGAUGAUGAAGACAUCUAUCAGUGGGAAGUGGUUGUAAUUGGACCUCAAGACACAUUGUUUGAAGGAGGUUUCUUCAAAGCCACGCUGACCUUUCCCCGUGACUAUCCUUUGAGGCCUCCCAAGAUGAAGUUUAUCACAGAAAUCUGGCAUCCAAAUGUGGCAAAAAAUGGCGACGUGUGCAUCUCCAUCCUACAUGAGCCUGGCGAGGACAAGUAUGGCUAUGAGAAGCCUGAGGAGCGUUGGCUGCCGAUCCAUACCGUGGAGACCAUUAUGAUCAGUGUUAUAUCCAUGCUGGCCGAUCCCAAUGGAGACUCUCCUGCCAACGUCGAUGCAGCUAAAGAGUGGAGGGAGGAUCCAACGGGAGUCUUUAAGAAGAAGGUGGCGCGCUGCGUUCGGAGGAGUCAGGAGAUGGCUUUUGACUAAGGCCUUCCCUCAGCUGAAAGCACAGAGAUGGGACUACAUGGAGAAUUGGACAAGUUGCACUUCAGCUUGGAUGAUCAUAGAGCACAACUUCAGCAACAUGUCAGAAGACUGUUUUUUUUUUUUUUUUUUUUUCCAAUAGGGAAAAAUAUUUCUCAAUUUGUUUCUUGUAGUGUGAGAUUUGUUUAUUUAUUAAUAUUCUUGAAUGAAAACUGCAUUUAUUCUGCCAAAUACUCCAGUUUUAUUUUUCAGUGUGCCAUCACUAGAUGCUCCUGUGAAAGCAUGUGCGUUUAAUUCACAGGAGAAAGAAUUACACAGCCUUCUACCUUCUCUUGUGUAUAUUCUGCCUCCUGGGCAAAAAUAAGGGCUCUAUUACUCAGUUUGCACAUUGUUUUCUUUCACUUUACCUAUUUAUUCAGUUUAAAAUGCAUCUUGCUUGUUUUGAGGGUAUUUUUUAUAUUUUGUUUUCAAUCUGCCACACUGAGCCAUUCACUUAAAAAAUACCUGCAAUACAUGAAUUAUUCUAAUAUUUAUAGUGUUAAAAGUAGGCGAUGAAGACAGCCACCUCUACACUGUACUCUCUACCUUUAAGAUUGUAUCACCCAAAGUUGCCUUCGAUGUUUUCACUGCCACUGACGGAAACUUAUCUUGAAUUCACAAGUACAGCAAAUAAACCAAAGAGGACACAAGCUUUUAACCUGUUUGUUUUUAAACUUGCUGUAUUCAAGAAAGUGACGGUUUUCUAUCAGCUUCAUUUUCAUCGAAGAAAAUUACGGUGUUGUACAGAGGAACCUGCCUCCACCUUUACUAUGUAGAGGAGGGAGUAUUAUACUGUAGCUCAAAGGCACUUCAGAAUGUACGGAUUUAAUUAAUGGCGCUAAAAAGUACUAGAGAUUUUCAUUGUUUAAGGAUGUCACUGGAUGAAUAACAGGCAUGGAGUUGGGUUGUAAGAACCAUUAAAUAAAGCUCAGUGUGGACCAAUGGGCAA